CCUGACUCUGAUCAACAAGUGGCAAGAGUGGAAAGUCCUGAAAUUCUGUGCAAAGUGUUCUGUGCAAAAGUUGGCUAAAAGUUACCGAAACAAAACCAAAUUAUAACUGACAUCGGACAAUUUGCGUGCAGGUUGCGAAAUAAAAUUUAUUGAAAAAUGUGGUACAGCAAGUGCAGUUGGACGUUGGUGGUGUUGGUGGCACUCUUUGCCCUUGUGACAGGUUCCUGCUUGGAAUACGGACAUUCGUGUUGGGGAGCUCAUGGCAAGCGAUCUGGAGGCAAGGCGGUAAUAGAUGCCAAACAGCCUUCUGGACCCAACUCGUACGCGAUUGAUACCCUGGCUGAGGAACUAUACAACAACCAGAACAACCAGAACAACCCGGAGGACAACGAUGACGACAGCAACACGAACACGAACACGAAUAGUGGCAGCAACAUACCUUUGGCAGUUCCAGUUCUUUCAACUCGUCGGGACUUGGAGGAUCGCAACCGGAGUGGCCCGAAGUGGACGCAGUUGAUGCGGCAGCAUCGCUACCAACUGAGGCAGUUGCAGGACCAACAGCAGCGCGAGGGGCGUGGCAGGGGCGGCCAGUAUGAUGCCGCCGCCGAAAGUUGGCGGAAGCUGCAACAGGCACUGCAAGCCCAAAUCGAUGCCGAAAACGAGAUGCCCCAGAUGCCGCCGUACGAUCUCACGAAGUGAACUCUCCGAACUAAAUUGCCAAAUUGAAAUUAUGCAGAUAACACGUUAGCUAAGCAGAAGUUAAACACACAGCAGAGCGAAAUUGAAAGAUAUUUAUCACACGCGAGAUCAUCGCAUCGCAUGCCGGGCAUCAAUUAAAAUAAAAUCAAUUUAAAACAAUUUAAACAAGGCAUCGGCGAUCGGAGCAGUCAACUUGUAGAAUUUGUUGUGGUGUUUUUUAUUAUUAGAUUUACUGAGCUGAUCAGUGGAAUCCUCUCUGGCCAUUUUGCGUCACUGGCUGGAUGCCGCAACAAUGGCCCGCUUCGUUUUCGUUCACUUAACCGUACUUAAUCCAUAACUAAGCAUAUGCAGAUACGAUCUUAAGAUUUACCACUAAUAAAAGCUAACAUUGAGUGCAAACAUCGCA